UCGGGAGCGAGAGGCGAGGCUGCGCGCUCGCCAUUACGCACCACCACAACAGCCAUAUUACCACAGCCAAAUACGUCAUCUCUUUAGCCAAAUCCUUAUUCGCUCGCAAAGUACGAGUUUAACAGAGGAUGGUCAUGGAAACUCCAUCACCGCAAUGCGUUGGCCUUGAGUUUGUGCGCCAGUACUACACGGUGCUCAACAAGGCCCCCAUGCACCUUCAUCGUUUUUUCAGUCACAAUUCCUCUUUUAUGCAUGGGGGCCAUAACUCCAUGAGCGAACCCAUUAUCGGCCAAGCAGACAUACACAAAAUGAUCAUGAGCCUUAACUUCCGUGAUUGUCAUGCUAAGAUCCGAAUGGUUGAUGCUCAAGCUACACUCGGUAAUGGAGUUGUCAUCCAGGUUACUGGUGAGCUCUCCAACAAUGGAAUGCCCAUGCGACGAUUCAUGCAGACUUUUGUACUAGCGCCUCAGACCCCCAAGAAGUUCUACGUGCACAAUGACAUUUUCCGGUACCAAGACGAGGUUUUCAGUGAUGAAGAGGGUGCAGAGGAGGGAGGAAGUGAAGUGGAGGAGGACUUGGAAGGCCCUGUCUCCACACAAGGCUUCUCGGCACCCUCUGCUGCUGUCAAUGGAUCUGCCCAUCCACCUGAGCCUGAACCGACUCCUCCUGCUGCUCCCCAAACUCCUGUCACUCCUCAAGUCCCAACACCUGUACCUACUGUUCCAGUACCUGCUCCAGGAAAUUCAUCAAAUGCUGCCACCACAGCUCCUGUUGCCACUGCCCCUCUCUCUCCAACACCUCCAGCAAUAACACCCACAGAACCUGUACCAGAAAGUCCACCCACUCCAGAAAAUGAUGAGCAAGGUUGGGGUACUCCAGGCACAGAUGGAUGGGGUGCUCCUGCAGAGCCGCAGGGUUCUUGGGACGAGCCAGCAGUACCUCAGAAGGAGACACCAGAUCCAGACCCCCCACAACCAGAACCUGUUCAGUUGCCAUCAAAUGAGCCGAAGACUUUUGCCAAUCUCUUCAAAAAUUCCCAAGGUUUCUCUGCAGCUCCAGCACCUGCUGCCUCACAGCAGUCCUCUCAUGCCCAGCCAGCUCCUCCAGCACAGCAACAGCCUCCACAGAAUCGAAGUGACAACCGAACCCAGGCAAGCACCACUACUCCAGCUGUGAGUCAGGCUCACUCUACUGGUGGCUUCACCCAGCGACCACCAAGGAAUGCACAAGGUCGAGGGGCACCGCGUGAUCGUCCUUAUAGGCCCAACAGUGAAGACAAUUCAGAAUUAGGUAGUUCAUGUAAAUAG